AUGAUCUCCUCUGCCCUUCCAUCGCAAUUCUGUCUGCAGGACCUUGCCGCCAUUACGGGUCGUGUAUGUGAACUCAGAGUCAAUCCUCACCAGGCAGAGGCAGACCGGGAAGCGCGGGUUUGGUUCAACAGCAUUGGUUUGUACGAUGACAGAAAGAAGUCUAAGUUCCUCAACUACGGCAAAUUUGAUCUCUUCGCUGCCCUAAGUUUCCCUGACGCGGAUCUGAAACACCUCGUCACCUGCCUCAAAUUUUUCUUCUGGGCUUUCUCUACGGAUGAUCUGUCUGACGAAGGGGACCUCCAAUCAAGGCCCGAUGACGUCAAAGCUGGUCACGACAUCUCCGUUCGCGUCGUGGAUGAGCCUGGUGCUCCACGUCCCGAAUAUCCAUAUGCUGCUAUGUUUUAUGAUCUUCUUGAACGCUUCCGCGAAACGUCUACACAUGGCGCGUACAAACGAUUCAUCCGUGCCUGGGAAGAAUGGAGCAGUUCACAAGUAACGCAGUCACGAAACCGAUCACAGGAUCGCAUUCCCACUGUUGACGAAUUCAUCCUCAUGAGACGGGCUACCAUCGGAGGGGCGAUGGUUGAAGCUAUGGUCGAAUACUCUCUGGACUUGGACUUACCAGACGAAGUUUUUGAGAAUCCCAUUAUUCAUGCUAUGUCCGACGCUACUAACGAUCUCAUGACGUGGCCGAAUGACCUCUGUUCUUUUAAUAAAGAGCAAUCUGAUGGCGAUUACCAAAAUCUGGUAUUUUGCAUAAUGAAUGAACGCAAGGUUGGCUUACAGGAGGCCAUCGAUGUCCUUACGGAAAUGUUGGCACAGCGGGUGAAUGAUUACGUUGAAUUGAAGAACAAGUUGCCAUCGUUUGGGGCCGACGUCGACAAGGAACUCGCUCGUUACUUGCACGCGCUCGAGAACUUCGUGCAGGGCACGGUAUUGUGGUACUAUCUAAGCCCAAGAUACUUCCGCGGUGUCGAUGUCACCAACAGAGACAACUUGGUUGUCCCACUGUUCGAACCCGGUGCCUUUUGA